CACGGCCUGGUACAACAGUAAACAAAAGGACAAAAGAUCUCUGUGAGUGAUCCCAAGCGCAUCAGCGCAGACCUUAUUCACACAGUGACAACCCCGAGAGCCUCCGAGGCCCUUCAAGACCGUUCAGGAUCCUCCAAGACCUUACACGUCUGUCCACCACCUUCCAAGUCACUUCAGGACCUUCCAAAUCUCUCCCAAACCUUCAAAGACCAUCCGAGACCUCCAAAAGCUUCCUUCCAUGUAUCACCAGGACCUUCCAAGACCUUCCAGGACAUUCCAAGUGUCUCCAGGCCAAUCCGUCAACAUGGAGUCCAGACGUCCUGAGCAGCAACUCCACUUCAGGUUGAAGAGGACAAAGAGAGAAUGGAGACCACUGGAGGAGCGAAGCUGCACUGACCUGCCCUGGUUCCUGCUCUUCAUCAUCUUCUGUGUCGGCAUGGGCAGCGUGUGUGCGUUCACGGUGGUGUCGGGGGGCGCGGCCCGCCUGGUCUUGGGCUACGACAGCUACGGCAACACCUGCGGACGCCGGAACCGACACCUGGACGGGGUCCGGCUCAGUGGCCUGGACCACACGGACAGGAAGUUCGUCUUCUUUUUGGAUCCUUGCAACAUCGACAUCGUUCAGAGGAAGAUGAAGUCGGUGGCGCUCUGCGUGUCCCUGUGCCCCCCGCACACCCUCCACACCUACCACGACCUCAAGACCUUCGCCGUGCUCAAUGGUUCUGAGUUGUGUUCGUACGAGUUAGCGGGUCACAAGUACCCCAGCCUGCCCGAGAGGUUCUCCAAGUGUCCCAAACUUCCCGUCCCGCCCAGCAAGCCUUUGCCGCUCUUCAAUCGCUGCACGCCGGUGGACAUCUCGUGUUACUCCAAGUUCGCCGAAGCCGUGGUGACCUUCGUGAGCGACGACUCCUUCCUGCAUCGAGUCAUCGCCGGCGUGGCGGCCAGUAAAGAAGUCAUCGUAGGGCUUUGUCUCCUCGCGCUCGUGCUGUCAAUGGCGCUGACGGUGAUCAUUCGCUACAUCUCGGCGGUCCUGGUGUGGAUCCUCACCUCGUUGGCGGUGCUCGGGUCUCUAGCGGGCACCGGCAUUCUGUGGUGGUUCUACGUGGACCGCCGUCUCCACAGAAACCACACGGACGCCGAAGAGGACGAGCCGAGUCGGGACGGCGAGCGGACGCUGCUGGUCUACGCCGUCGCCGCCUCAGUCUUCACGGUGAUCCUGCUGCUGCUGAUGCUGUUCAUGAGGAAGCGCGUGGCAUUGGCCAUCGCUCUCUUUCACGUGGCCGGAAAGGUUUUCAUCCAUUUGCCGCUGCUCACGCUGCAGCCGUUCAUCACCUUCCUCGUGCUGCUCCUCUUCUGGAUCUAUUGGAUCCUCGUCCUGCUCUUCCUGGGAACCAGCGGGGAGGCGGUGCGCAACGAGGAGGCGGGCCUGACCGAGUUCCGUCUGACCGGUCGCCUGGAGUACCUGACCUGGUUCCACGCCGUGGGCCUGCUGUGGAUCACGGAGUUCAUCCUGGCCUGCCAGCAGAUGACGGUGGCCGGCGCCGUGGUCACCUACUACUUCACCAGGGACAAGAAGCGACUUCCGGCCUGGCCGAUAGCGCGCGCUGCGUUGCGGCUGCUGCGGUAUCACGUGGGCACGGUGGCCAAAGGCUCCUUCAUCAUCACGCUGGUCAAGAUGCCCAGACUCCUCCUCAUCUACGUGCACAAGCAGCUCAAAGGGAAGGAGAACGCGUGCGCUCGCUGCGUGCUCAAGUCUUGCAUUUGCUGUCUGUGGUGUUUAGAGAAGUGCCUCAAUUAUCUCAACCAGAACGCUUACGCGGCCACGGCCAUCAACAGCACGGGCUUCUGCACGUCCGCGCGAGACGCCUUCGUCCUGCUGGUGGAGAACGCCCUGCGUGUGGCUACCGUCAACGCCAUCGGAGAUUUCGUGCUCUUCCUAGGGAAGAUUCUGAUCGUGACCACGACGGCUUUCGCCGGCGUUCUGCUGCUCAACGCGCGGCGAGAUUACGCCGAGUGGCUGCUGCCGCUGGUCAUCGUUUGUCUGUUCGCCUUCUUGGUGGCACACUGUUUCCUGUCCGUCUUCGAGAUGGUGGUGGACGUGCUCUUCCUUUGCUUCGCCAUCGACACCAAGUACAACGACGGCACGCCGGGAAAGGAGUUCUUCAUGGACAAAGCUCUCAUGGAGCUGGUCGAGCGCAGCCGGCGUUCGGAGCGGGUGGCCGGCCGGGGGCGGACCCGCGUCAAGGAAGCGCCGUCGGAGGGGGCGGAGAUGAAACCCAUGGUGAGUGGCGCAGCUGGGGCCGGCGUCAGCGUGUGUGUGGAGUGGGAGGAGCUGGAGGAGUUCCAGGUGUACUACCUCCUGGUGGCAGUCUUCCUGGACUGCGCGCUCACGCCGCACGCAGACUUCCUGUUGUGCCUCAGCCACGACAUCUUCCUCUUCCUGUGCGUCUACCUGCCAACCUCCACCCUCUUCCUGUUCGUACGCCUGCUGGGCUCCACCCCAAGCUCCGCCCCUUCCACACCGCCUGGCUCAGCUCACUAAGCAGAGCGGCGGGCACGCUUGCGCUCGCGGACGGACGCGCAGAGCGCACGUGCUAACGGCUACAUGCGAACCGCUUCGUGCUUACUGCCUUAUCGUCUGCGUGGUCGUGAUCGUCAUCGUCCUUAUUGGUGGAGUACCGAUACCGCCGGUAUUUAUGAUGCGUCCGAUUUCAAUGAACACAAUGACGGGUAAUUGUGAACAAAGAAGACCUCUCUCUUUCUCUCUCGCUUUCUUUCUUUCUCUCAUUCUCUCCUUCCCUUCUUUGUGAGGCACAUGAUGAUUGGCCAAUGUGUCGAACCGCCACAGUCUAACGCCAACUACUGGCGAGGAGGCCAAACUCCAUGUCAGAUUUUUUUGCCUUAAGUAUCAGUGGCCCGUAUCGUGGGUACCCUCUACCUUGAAACCGGCCCGAUACCGCACUCGCCCGAUCCCUAAUCCUCAUCAUCAUCAUCAUCGUCGUCGUCAUCAUCAUCAUCACUUUGUUCUGGCCAUAUUUUUCCACCACCGCCUCAUUUUCAUCAUCAUCGUCGUCAUCGUCAUCCUCCUCCUCAUAACACUUGACGGCUCCCGGGACAAGUUCAGCUUGACGAAAACCAGCCAGUGGGACUU